AUGCGAGGAGUUCAAAAUACUGAGAAUGAAUCCAAUCUUUUUGCUAGUAUAGUUAGCAGUGAAUCAAGGCGUUUUCAUUCAUUAUAUGAGCGUUCAGAACAAAUAUUUUCAAGAUUAAAACAAAUUGAUAGAGAAUUUGAUGAAUGGACAGCUUUGGCACAGGUAAAUCUAGAAGAGUUACUUGAACAACAUUUAAAAGAAGCUGAAGAUUGGGAACGUCAAUUCCGUGUUAUUCGCCUUAAACAGCGCGAACUCGAUCGCAUCCCUAUGGAAAUUUGUAUAGAAUGUAUUCAUGUCUCGACUAAUGGGGUUCGAUUAUUGGCCAAUGAUUUGUUGAGAAGGUACAAGUUGAAAUAA